UCUAAAUUAAAACCCUGUUUAAGGUACAAGCAUAUAUUAUAAUGAGCGAGCUCAAAUCACGUUUACCACUAUUAUCAAGGAUUAUAAAUAAAACUCAUCAUCAAAAUGAGUUAGCUGCUAAAGAAGAAUUUUUACAGUCAAAAUUACAAGAUUCAAUAUUAUCCAAAAUAUGGAAAUUAGCUGACCAAUAUGGAGAUGGUUUUUUGGAUUCUGACGAAUUUGCUUUAGCUAUAUAUUAUUUAAUUAAGAUUAAAUUAGAAGGCUCGGAAUUUCCGGACACUUUACCAAAACAUUUGUUGCCCCUAUCAAAAACUAAUAAUUCUUUAAAAAUCAUUCUUAAAGAUUUAGGACCUUGAACAGGCCCACUGUAUAAAAAAUUGAAUAAUUUCACCCCUGUGAUAAUUUUUAAUAUAAAACAUUAUUUUAUAUCUAGUUGAAAACUAUUUCAUAUGUUAAUAUUGAUGUGUCAUACAAUUGAUAUUCAACAACAAAUAUUAUAAGAACGUGUGUAUGUUUAAAAUUAAA